AUGGAAAGUAAUCAAAAAAUAAUACUGGAUACAGCUAUUAUUAAAUCCUUACAAGAGGAGUAUCCUCAUUUGAAUAUUUGGUCUAAAUACAGUACGCAUAGUUUGAAUGGUUUAUAUAAUAAUUACCAAUCAAUAUGUAAUGAAAUAAAUUUAUAUUCGGAAGGAAGGCUUGAGAAUGAUGUUUGUAUUACAAUAUUCGGGUUAUUGGAAAAUUAUAUUGAUGAUAGUGGAACAAGCGAUACUAUUCAAGGUGUUUAUAAUGAUUUUAUGCAAUAUAGUAAUGUAGAAAAGUUAUCCGAUUCAAUUAAUUCUAUUAAUAUAAGAGAUUUUAUGUUUUAUUUUAAAAAUAUUGUACGAAAUAAAGUAUUUAAAAAUAUUACUAUGAUAAAAGAUGUAUAUGAAAAUAAUGAUAUGUUAAGUGGUAUAAUCAAAUUAUUUUAUUUUAAUGAAAAUGUUAGUGAAAUUAAGAAUAUAUUAUCAAAUAGGAAUGAUCAAAAAUAUGCAAAUGUAUGUAAAUUUGUAAAUGAAUGCCUAGAUACAUAUAGAGAAUUUUUGAACUAUUUGUGUCCAGCAGAUAUGUAUGAUAGAUUUACAGAUAGUACUAUAUGUAAUGAAUUACAAGUAUUUUUUGAAAAUUAUGAUAAUCAUUUGUAUCUUCCAUUAAGAAGAAAUAAUAAUAUUGCUUCUCUAAGGGAGUACCCAGAUUUAGCUCGCGUUAGAUGUGAUCUCAGUGAAUCAUUAUAUAAAUGGUAUCCAGCUUUCAAAAUCUUUACGAAUAUUAAAAGAGAUUUAACACCAUUUGGAAAAACGUUUAUAUCAUUUCUUUCCAUAUUUGGAAUAUUUCUAACCUUUUAUAUUCUUUAUAUGUUUACACCCCUAGGAUCAGAAGUAAAUGCACGACGGCAGAAAUUUAAAAGGUCGUGGAGAAAUAUACAAUCAGCAUUUAAGGAUCAAGUAAAGUCAAUUACGAAUAAUAUGUGUAAACAAAAUUCAAACAAUUCAAACAAUUCCUUUAAUUUGGGUUACCACACUUCACAGUUUAAACCAUAA